GAUUCUAGUUCAACCAUCUGGAUGUUGACAGCCGCCGAUCACCAGUUCGAUUAUUUUCGGUUGUGCGGUGCUGUACAAUAUACGUAAAUAGCAACUGGUGUGGAACUCCUUGAACCCAGCCGAGAUCGACUGACGUUGAUAAACCAAUCAGUUCUUUGUGUAAAUUCUCCUUCAUUACAUAUAAGUAUAUGGAAAUACAAUAUAUGUGUGCACACGUAUACUGGAAGCCGGAACAAGAAUUUCACGUCAAGCGUCCACUAAAGUAAGCACGAUAGGGAAAGUACUGGUUUGUAUGUAUGCAGAUCACCGAGUUUCCUGUAUACAACGGUUCCAGACACUUGCCGAAGUUCGGUUCUUCGAUAUUUAGCUGUCGCGUCGCAUACGAAUCCUGACCUUAUACUGCAUUACCGUGAAAAAAAUCGCGCCAACUGCUGGAUAGAUGCUUCUGUUCCCUUAAUUAUUAUAUCGUGAAGACUGGAACGCUAUGACUGAUAAAUGUAUUAGAUCCCGAUCCGCCUUCCUUAAUACUUUAUGUGGCACGGGAUACAGUUGUUGGGUAUCCAGAAAAUUAGAUCCGGCAUGUAUUAUUGUUAAGUGAUCGUCCUGCGUGGAACACGUUGGCGAAAGGCACUGUCUGCCUUUAUUUCUGUUUUCUGUUUAUUCUCGUCACAUUCCUUUGAGUAUUGCCCAUUACUCAGACGGCGCUAAUUCACUGGGACAUAUUCACCCAACCACAGCAGCUGCGCCUACGUCGAACGAACCCUGUCCAUUUGCAACAUCCAGACCUCAUCAUAUAAUCAUUAAGCAGAGCGGCCAUAGGAAGCGCUACAUUUUCUGGACGUGAAAUGCGGACGUCCAUGUUCUCGCCGUCGACUUUAUUUUUGCUGAGUUUUGCCGCCAUUACCUUGGUUUAUGCCGUUGCUGGAAAGUCCAUUAUUCGAGAACUGAUCGAGAACACACCGCAGUUCAUGCCCGAUGGAAAACUAGCCUCCCGGCCUGGACGUCAGCCAGAGGAUAUUCCAAUUGAAAAUUGCCGCAUUACUCAACACAACAAGGAACUUUCCGGCAAGCUAGACCGUCUGUGUGAUGAAUGUUUUCAGACAUACCGUGUGGCCAAUUUCUACGUCAGUUGCCGUGCCGGGUGCUUCAACAACGACAUCUUUCGCGGCUGCGCUAUGGCUAUGUUCCGGCAAGCGUUAGUGCAAGACCUGGAGAAUUUCGUCAAAACGGAGGAGGCAUCGGUAGCAAAAACCACCACACCAACCGGAAAGACUACAGCUAACUUCAAGAAGCUGGACAGCCUAAUUCCAUCCGAGAAUGACUACAAUCUUGUUGUUAUGCGUCAAUAAACCGUUUAUCCCACUAGCUUUAAGCGAAAAGCGGAAACAUGAAUCUAUCUAUAUACCUUAAGCAAUGUUGCUUAAUCCGAGCAAUUAGGGCUUAUCCUCGCUUCCGCAAAACCGAUGAUUGUAAGCAAACACGAAUAAUGUUGUACCACCGCCCUCUGCUGAAUUACCCACAAAACGCUAAAUCAUCCUGUUUUUGAUUUCUGAUGGGGUCUGCUAGAUUGGCAAGGAUUCGCUUAUACUGAAUGCAUCAUGGUGCAAGGUGUGG